CACAUGUUCAAGGCCAAUGGGUACGCAGCAAAGCGCUAUCAGAAAUCAAAAACCAAAACCAAAAACUGAACAAACGACCAUUCAGCUUCACUUGGGCUCCUUCUUGCCACACCCACGUUCCACCCACUAUGCAAAGGCCACACGGGUGAAGACACCGGGGAGGAAGUGGCAUUGGGUUGGAGCAGCACAGGAAGCCUCGCUGGUGCACAGAGCCCUGCCUGUCCUGAUGUCCUGACGCUGAGCAGGCAGCCGGUGGCUCUGGGCGGCAGCAUGCUAAGCCUGAGGGUCAGAACGCUAGGAGGGGAGACCUGGGAUCCGUGAGUGAGCAGAAGUUGUCAGCCUGGUCCCGCACAUCUUUCAAACACAGGGAUGUGACCUUUUGUGGCUUUUGCCAUUUCAAAGACUCUGGGAUUCUUCUGCCGGGUCCAGAGAAGCCAGUGGCUGACAUCUCCAGUCUGCACUCCCAGCCAGGAGCUCAGAAACAGGCACGUGGGAUGACACUCACUGAUGCCAAUGCGCCUUUGAUCUGCCAUUCUGAGGAGCUGUUACUGGAGGUCUUUCUCAGCCAGUCCUAGACAGGACGGCACCAUGCCCCCCGGGGUCGACUGCCCAAUGGAGUUCUGGACCGAGGAGGAGAAUCAGAACGUGGUGGUGGACUUCCUGCUGCCCACGGGGGUCUACCUCAACUUCCCCGUGUCCCUCAAUGCCAACCUCAGCACCAUCAAGCAGGUGCUGUGGCACCGGGCGCAGUAUGAGCCGCUCUUCCACAUGCUCAGUGGCCCUGAGGCCUACGUGUUCACCUGCGUCAACCAAACGGCCGAGCAGCAGGAGCUGGAGGACGAGCAGCGGCGGCUGUGCGACGUCCGGCCCUUCCUGCCAGUGCUGCGCGUGGUGGCCCGGGAGGGGGACCGCGUCAAGAAGCUCAUCAACUCGCAGAUCAGCCUCCUCAUUGGCAAAGGUCUGCACGAGUUCGACUCCCUGGGGGACCCGGAAGUGAACGACUUCCGAGCCAAGAUGCGCCAGUUCUGCGAGGAGGCAGCCGCGCGGCGCCAGCAGCUGGGCUGGGAGGACUGGCUGCAGUACAGCUUCCCUCUGCAGCUCGAGCCCUCGGCCAGGAGCUGGGGACCCGGCACUCUGAGAGUCCCCAACCGGGCCCUGCUGGUCAACGUCAAGUUCGAGGGCAGCGAGGAGAGCUUCACCUUCCAGGUGUCCACCAAGGACACGCCGCUGGCGCUGAUGGCCUGUGCCCUGCGCAAGAAGGCCACGGUCUUCCGGCAGCCACUGGUGGAGCAGCCGGAGGACUAUGCACUGCAGGUGAACGGGAGGCACGAGUACCUGUACGGCAGUUACCCGCUGUGCCAGUUCCAGUACAUCUGUAGCUGCCUGCACAACGGACUGACACCCCACCUCACCAUGCUGCACUCCUCCUCCAUCCUGGCCAUGCGGGAGGAGCAGGGCAACCCCACGUCCCAAGUCCAGAAGCCACGCCCCAAGCCGCCUCCCAUUCCUACCAAGAAGCCUUCCUCCGUGUCCCUGUGGUCGCUGGAGCAGCCGUUCUGCAUCGAGCUCAUCCAGGGCAGCAAGGUGAAUGCGGAUGAGCGCAUGAAGCUGGUGGUGCAGGCCGGGCUCUUCCACGGCCACGAGAUGCUGUGCAAGACGGUGUCCAGCCUGGAGGUCAGCGUGUGCUCCGAGCCCCUGUGGAAGCAGCGGCUGGAGUUCGACAUCAGCAUCUGCGACCUGCCGCGCAUGGCCCGGCUCUGUUUCGCGCUCUACGCCGUGGUGGAGAAAGCCAAGAAGGCGCGCUCCACCAAGAAGAAGUCCAAGAAGGCGGACUGCCCGAUCGCCUGGGCCAACAUCAUGCUGUUCGACUACCGGGACCAGCUCAAGACCGGGGAGCGCCGCCUGUACAUGUGGCCCUCGGUCCCAGAUGAGAAAGGCGAGCUGCUGAACCCUGCGGGGACCGUGCAUGGCAACCCCAACACGGAGAGUGCGGCUGCCCUGGUCAUCUGCCUGCCUGAGGUGGCCCCGCACCCCGUGUACUACCCCACCCUGGAGAAGAUCCUGGAACUGGGGAGACACGGGGAGCAGCAUGGACGCAUCACAGAGGAGGAGCAGGUGCAGCUGCGGGAGAUCCUGGAGCGGCGGGGCUCAAGUGAGCUGUACGAGCACGAGAAGGACCUGGUGUGGAAGAUGCGGCACGAGGUCCAGGAGCACUUUCCAGACGCGCUGUCCCGCCUGCUGCUGGUCACCAAGUGGCACAAACACGAGGACGUGGCCCAGAUGCUGUACCUGCUGUGCUCCUGGCCCGAGCUGCCUGUCCUGAGUGCCCUGGAGCUGCUGGAUUUCAGCUUCCCCGACUGCCAUGUGGGCUCCUUCGCCAUCAAGUCCCUGCGGAAACUGACGGAUGAUGAGCUCUUCCAGUACCUGCUGCAGCUGGUCCAGGUGCUCAAGUAUGAGUCCUACCUGGACUGCGAGCUGACCAAGUUCUUGCUGGAUCGGGCACUGGCCAACCGCAAGAUCGGCCACUUCCUCUUCUGGCAUCUCCGCUCCGAGAUGCACGUGCCGUCGGUGGCCCUGCGCUUUGGCCUCAUCAUGGAGGCCUACUGCAGGGGCAGCACCCACCACAUGAAGGUGCUGAUGAAGCAGGGCGAAGCACUGAGCAAGCUGAAGGCCCUGAAUGACUUUGUGAAGGUGAGCUCCCAGAAGACCACCAAGCCCCAGACCAAGGAGCUCAUGCACCUGUGCAUGCGGCAGGAGACCUAUCUGGAGGCGCUGUCCCACCUGCAGUCCCCGCUGGACCCCAGCACACUGCUGGAGGAAGUGUGCGUGGAGCAGUGCACCUUCAUGGACUCCAAGAUGAAGCCACUGUGGAUCAUGUACAGCAGCGAGGAGGCGGGCACUGCUGGCAGCGUGGGCAUCAUCUUCAAGAAUGGGGAUGACCUCCGCCAGGACAUGCUGACCCUGCAGAUGAUCCAGCUCAUGGACGUGCUGUGGAAGCAGGAGGGCCUGGACCUGAGGAUGACACCCUACGGCUGCCUCCCCACCGGGGACCGAACAGGCCUCAUCGAGGUGGUGCUGCACUCGGACACCAUCGCCAACAUCCAGCUGAACAAGAGCAACAUGGCGGCCACGGCUGCCUUCAACAAGGACGCCCUGCUCAACUGGCUCAAGUCCAAGAACCCUGGGGAGGCUCUGGAGCGGGCCAUCGAAGAGUUCACCCUGUCCUGUGCCGGCUACUGCGUGGCCACCUACGUGCUGGGCAUCGGCGAUCGGCACAGCGACAACAUCAUGAUCCGCGAGAGUGGGCAGCUGUUCCACAUUGAUUUCGGCCAUUUCCUGGGAAAUUUCAAGACCAAGUUUGGAAUCAACCGUGAGCGGGUCCCAUUCAUCCUCACCUAUGACUUCGUCCACGUGAUUCAGCAGGGGAAGACGAACAACAGCGAGAAAUUUGAAAGGUUCCGGGGCUACUGCGAGCGAGCCUACACCAUCCUGCGGCGCCACGGCCUCCUCUUCCUCCAUCUCUUUGCACUGAUGCGGGCGGCGGGCCUGCCUGAGCUCAGCUGCUCCAAAGACAUCCAGUACCUCAAGGACUCCCUGGCACUGGGGAAAACAGAAGAGGAGGCGCUGAAGCACUUCCGGGUGAAGUUCAACGAGGCCCUCAGGGAGAGCUGGAAGACCAAAGUGAACUGGCUGGCACACAAUGUGUCCAAAGACAACAGGCAGUAGCGGCCCCUUCCGGCCAUGCCCUGUCCCCUCCUGGCUUGGCCCGGGGCAAACUGUGUCCCUCCGUCAUCUUCAACAGGCCUAAGAGUCUGAACUGCACCUCAUGGGAAGGAGCCACACAGCUGUCUUUUGUUUACACUGGUUAUUUAUUUAUGACCGAAAUGCUUAAGGAGCAAAACAGCCAUAAAUGGAAAUGCACCCUUGGCGGGGUAGGGUGCUGGGCCAGGCACCUUGCUCCCAGCUCAGGAUUGUCACCUCAGGUCUUCCAGCUGAGGGACCUCAGCCCAGAGGACUUCCGGGGUGGGGCAUCGUCUUCCCGGGCUUCUUCCUGCCUGCCUGGGGCUUGGUGCCUAGCUGUCACCUGCCACCUCCUCUCCGGACAGGACAGCUCAACCCUCGGCUCGCCUCUGCCUCCUCCCUUCCACUGACCAAGAGGCAGGCGGGUACUCUCUAGACUCAGGGACACUUGCUUGUCACUGCUGACAUGACUCGGUACAGAGAUGUCCUUACCUCUUUACUUUUAGGUAAGAAAAUAGCCAGAGCACUUAGUGAACCUCUAGGGCUAGGACAGGCACCCGCUCCCAAGGCGGACCACCAGCUUGGCCCUCUAGCCGUGCUGAGAAGACCUGUGCAGGGCUGAGCUCAUCCUGGUCACUGCCCCGUGCGAGGGGCAGAUGGCGUCCUUGGUGCAACCAUAUGUGAGCUGCCUCUUGGGCCAUCUAGACAAAGGGGCGGAACUGAUGUCACCCACAGCUGUCCUUACUGGGAAGCUGUUCAGCACCACCAGGUCCCCAAGAGAGCGUGGGGCAGCGAGGUGGCUCCUUUCUGACAACGCUUAACUUGAAAUGGUCCAGGUUAGCCUUAGGGCUCCCAGGGCUGGGUCAGGGCAGGGUGAGCAGUCCGGGACCCUGGGCCUCUCUCUUCUGAGGACCACUGUGACCACAGGGCCAGGAACCUGUACUUUCAGAACCCCAUGUGGCUUGGGAUGUGGCUCAGUGGCAGGGCGUGUAUUUAUUAUCAUGAGCAAGGCCCUGGGUUCCAUCCAUAGCACUGCAAACAAAAAAAAGCAAGCAGCCUGUGGCGCCUGGUCCAGCCCUCGGCAGCCCAGGGGUGCAGCUUCAGGAGGCCAGGUGCCAGCUGUCUCCAUGGAGGAGCUGGGGUCCAGCAGCCAUCGGUGCCACCACGGAGCCCCUGCCUGGUCUGUGAAGCGAGUGAUCACUCUGGUUCCCAGCUCAGGCAGGAAGGAAAGCCGUGUGUAUGUGUUUAUGUCGUGUUAUUUAUUGAAACAAGUCUGGGUGCUCCCUGACACAGGCCACAGAAUCUGCACACCCUCAGCAACUUGUGGUCUGGUGUACAGGCUGUGUGCCCAGCAAGAAAUAUUUUCUAUUUUUUUAAAGUCAUUUCAUGUUUCUGUCUAGGGAAGGCAAGUACUGUAUCACUGACCUGGGCUAAAUCCAUGUAACCUUGAUGUGAGAUGGGAAGGAAGGUGGAAAAA